AAAUUAUUAGCACCAUAGACUCGGGGUUUAAAAUAUCUUGACAGGCCCUCUCACGAAUACGACGAUAGUGUACAUGUUUACUUUGUUGUAACUUGACGCUGCAGACGAUAAGAACCUGGGGAAUAUCCUUGACCCCGCAGACACCGGAUAUGAAGCUCACCUUCAAACCACCUCAUGUACGUAACACCGUGAUUACAAAUGAGCAGGGUCAUGUUCUGUACUCGACCUCGACCGUCUUCUCGUUCGGCACUCGUGAGACAGUCAUCAAGAAGCAUGUCCCAAACGAAUUCAACAUCGGCAGAGUAGAAUCGUCGGAAAUCCUCGCAAAUAUCGAGUGGCACACAUUUUCUUCAUCUGUCAUCCACUAUGACGGGAUGAAAUUGGCGACGUCUCAGUUCAUUCCGAAUAAGGGGAUUCUUGGACGGCGGCGUGUUUUCCGAGGUCCUGACGGACUAUCAUACAAGUGGAAGAUCGGUCCGCGCGAAUGCAUCCUCAUGCUCGGUGAUACAGAAGUCGCGCGGCAUCACCCGGUGAACCUUGGUUUCAAGAAGGCAGGACAUGAAGCAUACCUAGAGGUCUUUUCGCCAGUCGAACAUAUGCUGGACCUGGUAGUGCUGACGUUCAUAUAUGUCGAGAAACUGCGACAGGGAUCUCAGGAGAGCCCGGGAACGAUCGCAUGCAUGCACCGAUUGAACCAGCUAAUUAGCUUCAAUAUGAAAGACUCAUGCGAAGAUUGCAUGUCCUUGUUGAUGAUUUUGUUUUGGUCUUCUGCGACGCCUUCUCACGCGGGGGCACGCCGACCGAUGUACUAUUUGCAUUUCAUUCUCUGCAGGUUGGCGAGUACCAUUAGGGGCACGCGGGGUCGUGCGAGGGAAUAGACCCAGCACAGUUGCACACCUAUGUAAAGAGAUGUUCAUUAUCAGGGCUUGUGUGGACCAUACGUACUGCUCAAACGUUCAUGUAUACGUUGGGUGCU